AUGGCCCUAGCAAUCCGCGCCGCUCGUUUGCUUCCCGAUAAUGCGUCGGAACUGAUUCACGAUGGCGUUGUCGUUGUCGAGGGUGACCGAGUGAAACUAGUUGGACCAUGGGCAGCCCUGGAAAAAGAUGUGGCCAAUACUCCUGUCAAGCAGUUGGGCGAUGUCACACUCAUGCCCGGCUUGUUCGACUGCCAUGUUCAUGUUCAGUUUGACCCUAGUGGUUCGAAUACCAGUACUGAUAUUCAGGCAUCAGAUGAGGAGCUUAUUCCACUGAUGGAGGCGAACGUAUUGCGGCUGCUGGAUGCGGGCGUUACGACCGCGCGAGACCUAGGAUCCCGUGGAAUGACGGCUGCUCAACUCCGAGACAGGAUCAACAAAGGUGAAGUCAUGGGACCUAGACUCCAGUGCGCCAACGCGCCCCUGACAGUGGAAAACGGUCAUGCCCAUGCCAUGGGUGGCGUAUGUCGCGGCGUGGAAGGUGUGCGAGCAGAAGUUCGCAAACGACAUGCCGAGGGAGCCGAUCUGAUCAAAGUGAUGGCAACAGGAGGGUUCAUGACAGCUGGCUCACAUCCUUCUAAAGCUUGUUUCACGACCGAGGAGAUGAUGGCUAUCUCAGAUGAGGCCAAACAACUCGGUUUGCCUGUUACAACCCACGCCACGGGCACGGAAGGAAUUGAGAGAGCGGCGGAUGCGCACUUUAAUUCGGUAGAGCAUUGUUCUUGGAUCACGCCGAGUGGGCGUGCAGAAUUUGACCCAAAGGUGGCUCAGAAACUGCUGAAUAACAACAUGGCUGUUUGUCCCACAAUGAACACGGCAUGUGUUGAACAUGACUACUUCUGUCCUUGGGACAGCAGAGAGGUCAUUAUGUCCAACCUCAAGUCUCUGCGCAAUACUGGGAUAAAGAUGAUUGUUGGGACUGAUGCCGGCAUUGGCUUUUGCCCUUUCGAACGUUAUAUAGACGGCCUUACGGUACUCGCCGAUGCCGGCUAUACGCCACGCGAGAUCAUUGCGGCAGCCACCACUGUUGCGGCCGAGGAGUGCGGCUUGGGCAAAGAGACGGGCAGACUUGCGCCUGGGUUCGCUGCUGACCUUGCUGCAUUUGCUGGAAAUCCUCUUGAGAAUAUCAAUGCAUUUGGGGAACCUAGAUUUGUCAUGGCACGAGGGAGGGAGCACAUUGAAAUAAAGCCCAUUGCUCCUGUGGGAGAUGUCUCGGAAGCCAAGAAUAUGAUGCUGCAGAUUCUUCGCCGGGGCGCGGGAAUAGAAACUGAAAAAUAG